GGGCCACCUAACUUGGGGCAGGGGCUGGCACGCAGCCUAAGGGGACCUCGGCAGGCUGGUCUGAGCACCCUGAAGCUCAGUCUAGGCCACAAACACUAAAGGAUGUGCCCGCAGGGCUGGUUUUUAUCUGUAGGGGCCUGGGGACCCAGAUAAUUCGGGAGGUCCUGCCCUCUGGGAGAGAACCAUGAAGAAAAUAGAAGGCGAGAUGAGGGGGAAGCCAGGGUUUCUUGACACCUGAGAGCUGUGGAUGGGUGUUGGGGGUCAGCCAGGGCAGGUGAGGGGUGAGCAGACCCUCAGCAGGAGACAGACCAAAGGCUGAGUCUGAAUAAAGGGGGUUGCCCAACACCAGAUUGAGCCCCCUUUCUUAGACACCUCUACCCCAUCCCCAUUUCUGGGGACACCCAGGAAUCAGACCAGAGCCCCACUGUCUGAGCAAGAGGCCAGCCCUCUGUGCACUCUGGCUGGGUCUUCACCUGGCCAGUCUUUCCAAAACAGAAUCCUGCAAAGGGGCCCUGGAGACCCACCCCUGCUGCCCUUUUCUGAAGGACUGGAAGUAUUAGGUCACUUGUCUCCAGGGGACAGCUCCAGCUGCUGGUGGCCUAUAGCAUCCAGAUGUUCACUCACUCUCAAAGCCAGCCUGACACACACCCCACCCUGUCCCCCGCCCACAUACAGUGUGUAUGGGAGUGGGGAAUGGGUGACCUGGGAUCUAAGAGGAAGAGUUCCUGCCUAUGAAGGUGCCCCCUCCAGCCCCUAGCUCCAUGCCCCAUGUCAUUCUGGACCUGCACUGCCAGCACUGGUAAUGGAUUCAGGUGGCCAUGUUUGGAUGCUCCUGGCCCAAGGCCGCCCUACCCACCUCCCUCCAUCUGACCUCUGGCACAGGGAGGAUAAAUAUAACAUAGCAUUUCUACUUCUUAUAAAGGGCUUCCUAAUGGGGCCUGGAGGGCCUGGGCAUAUCUCAGGAGGGGAUGGCCAAGCUGCUGGAGAAGGGACAGAAAGUGCCUGGACCCUGGGAAUCUGGGUGAAUCUGGGUAGGAGGUGUUGAGACCUCCCUUCUCCAGUAAACCCCUUUCUAUAUUUCCAGGGCACCCUGGCUAGGAUCUCUGCCUGUUCACCUGCUGUCCCACCCAAUCCCCUGUGUAGUUAAGGGGAUGUGGCCAUUCCCCACUCUUCUCCCCAGUCUCUAAGGAUCCCUGUUCAGGAACCCACGGUGUCACACACUCCCAGCAACCUCAACCACAGGACCACUCUGACACAGGGAAAAGCCAUCACAGCUCCCACAGUGCUGGGAACCACGGGGACCAGCUCAUGAUCAUGGUCAGGGUCACACCAACCUGUGGCACCCACACAGGUCAUGUGCGGUGGGUGCCGUGGUUUGCAGAGAAACACUCCUCAGGCUGUCAGAGACUCUUCUGACCUCACAGCAGUGACUGCUGCCGGUCCCCUCCGCCCUGGGGGACACACACUGGCAGCCUGGGACUACCGCAGACCCGGAACCCUUGUUCCUCUCGGGCCCUCCCCUGGUGAGCCUCUAUUUGCUGGUUCCGCUCCAGGUCCGAGUCCACGCCCUCUGGGCCCCCUCGUCCCGUGGAAGAUGGAGCGGAUGGUUGUGAGGAUGCAGGACCCUGACCAGGGCGUGCGGACGCGAAGCCAGCGUCUGCUCAUCACUGUCAUCCCGCACGCGGUGACGGGCAGCGACGUCGUGGAGUGGCUGGUCCGGAAGUUGUGCAUCUCGGAGGAGGAGGCUCUACACCUGGGCAGCCUGCUGGCGCAGCACGGCUACAUAUACCCGCUGCGCGAGCCCCGCAGCCUGGCGCUCCGGCCGGACGAGACGCCCUACAGGUUCCAGACUCCCUACUUCUGGACCAGCACUCUGUGGCCAGCUGCUGAGUUGGACUAUGGUGAGUGUGGAAGACCUGGGGCUAGCACCGGGCCAGCUCCCAGGAUUGGGCAGAGCUUGUCUCUCUGCAGCCUGUUCCCUGUCUUUCCAGCCAUCUACUUGACCAAGAAGAACAUACAAAGGCAGGGAGCCCUGGUCACCCAUGAGAAGGAGCACUAUGACCAGUUGCAUAAGAAGAUCAACCACACCUGGGACCUGGUAGUGAUGCAGGCUCGGGAACAGCUACGGGCGGCUAAGCAGCGCAGGAAAGGGGACAGGCUGGUCAUUGCAUGCCAGGAGCAGACAUACUGGCUGGUGAACAGACCCCCGCCUGGGGUCCCCAAUGUGCUGGAGCAGGGCCCAGAGAGGGGCUCCAACAAUGCCAAUCAGGUGCAGAUGUCACAGAGCUUGGACUUCUACAAGCGAGAGAUAGAGUGGUCGAGGAAAGCACUGGGCCGAACCCGGGUGAAGUCCUCCAUCUGCCUUGAGGCGUUCCUGACAUUCAGCCACCAGCGAGGCCCACAUGACCCUAUCCUGGCAGGAUGUCUGCCCAGCAACCCCUGGGUCACAGAUGACGAUGCCUACUGGGCCAUGAAUGCACCCACGGUAGCUAUGCCCACGAAGCUUCGUGUGGAGCGGUGGGGCUUCAGCUUCCGGGAGCUCCUGGAUGACCCCAUGGGGCGGGCCCACUUCAUGGACUUUCUACAGAAGGAGUUCAGUGGAUCUCUGACUUGGCUCUCCUGGCCCAUAGCGGAAAACCUCAGCUUCUGGGAGGCGUGUGAGGAGCUGCGCUUUGGAGGGCAGGCCCAGAUCCCCACUCUGGUGGACACUGUGUACCAAUGCUAUCUCCGUCCCAGGCAGUUCCUGGCCCCAGGCGCUGCCCACUGGGUCAACAUCGACAGCCGGACAAUGGAGAGAACACUGGAGGGGCUGCAUCAGCCCCAUCGCUACGUCCUGGACGAUGCACAACUGCACAUCUACAUGCUCAUGAAGAAGGACUCCUACCCAAGGUUCAUGAAGUCUGACAUGUACCAGGGCCUACUGGCAGAAGCUGUGAUUCCACUGGAAACAAAGAGACGGGUAUUCCCAUUCAUGCGGAAGCCUCGGCUCUCGAGCCCCAGCCCUGCUCUGCCGCCCACCUCUGGGGAGCCCUCAGCAGCUGGAAGCGCUGCAGGUGGUGACGAGGAGAGCUAGGAGGCUCACCCCCUGCCAGCGACACCUGUGAUGGUGGCCACCCUCUCCUGCACCCCGUGGCACUCAACCUGAGUCCAGAGGGCCCAGCCUUGCCAGCCUUUCUCCAACUUCUCCUUUCCCUCAGACAUGACAUCUCCUGCCCAGAAGGGACUGGUCCUGGGGAGGGAUCUCACUGGCCAUGCUUGGCCAGGAAAGGACUUGUUCCCAGAGAAAGAGGAGGCCAUGUGGAGCCCCUGGCAUUCUGUAGCCUUCAGCUCAGCACUGGGUGCCCUUCCCCACCAGAGAACACUAAGACAGCUGGCACAACAGGACACCUGUCAUGAGAAAAAGCAGGCUUUUGGGUCCUCCACUCUGCCCAGGCACAGCUCCCCCACCCUAUGACCCUAAUCCUGCUGAGACCAUUCCAGCCUCUUCCACCUACUCUCGUGUGCUGCCCAUGGCACCCGCCCCAGGUUCAACAGAUGACUCCAUGCUGUCACUCUGACCAGGAGCCUCCCAGUUCCCUCAGGGCAGGUCUUUGACAGGAUGGCACAGCCAGUGUCCAUUCUUCCCAUCUAAACCUUCCUUUGGGCUACUGGUGUUAUUCCCUCUCUGGUGAGGGUACCCUGCUUCCCCGGACCUAGGCUAAAGGCAUGGGCUAGUUCCUUUUAAGGUGCCACCCACCCACAGGGCUGACCCACAUCCUUUUCCCAUCCACUCUGGUGCAGAAAUAAAAGGACCUCAGCCCUGCGCUGGUCAUGUGCUGGUGAAUGCA